AGGGCAGUUCCGGCGCCGGCGCUACAUUCUCCCCCCCCUCACCCCGCCCCCGGGACCCGUCGCGCAGGCCCCGAGGGUGCGGCACGGGCAGAACGGGGAUAGGCGGGGAGGGGCCCCAGCGGCCGGGAGGCCGAGUCCAGGAGUCCGGCCCGGCCCACCCGGGCCUCUCCCCUCCGCCCGGGACUGCGGCCGACGGGGCGCCCGCGGGCCGGGGCUGCAUGGGGCUCCCGCGCGUCCCUGUCUUCUGGCUGCUGCUCCUGUUCGCGGUUGUUUGCUCGGGGAUCCUCGUCGCCCUGUACUCCUCGGCGGUGGAGUCAUACCCGGGGCCCCUGACCGGAGCCAGGAACAUCACAUCGUCUCAAGCUUUCUUUGGACCCAAGGCAUCGAAUUCUACGACGAGAAAGAACCUGCCCUGUCGACACCCACUUUAUCUCGCCAUUCAACGGCACCCUCACUUCCGGGAUCUGUUUGAUCUCUCCAUUCCAGUGCUGCUGUCAGGGAACCUCUUCACCCAGGAGCUCUGGGACAGCCUGAGCCGGCACAAAGCCCCCUACGGCUGGCAGGGGCUCUCCGGCCAAGCCAUCGCCUCCACCCUGAGCCUCCUGAAUGGCUCUGAGAGCACCAGGCUGUUUGCCGUCUCCAGGGAGCUGCUUCCGGGCUGCAUCCGGUGUGCCGUGGUGGGUAACGGAGGCAUUCUGAAUGGUUCCCGCCAGGGUCAGAACAUCGAUGCCCAUGACUACGUGUUCAGACUCAAUGGUGCUGUGAUCAAAGGCUUUGAGAAGGACGUGGGCACCAAGACCUCCUUCUACGGUUUCACUGUAAACACAAUGAAGAACUCCCUCAUCUCCUACUCAAACCUGGGCUUCACCUCUGUGCCGCAGGGACAGGACCUGCGCUAUAUCUUCAUCCCCUCAGACAUCCGCGACUACAUGAUGCUAAGAUCGGCCAUUCUAGGUGUGCCUGUCCCUGAGGGCCCCGAUAAAGGGGACAGGCCUCAGACCUAUUUUGGACCAGAAGCCUCUGCCAGCAAAUUCAAGCUACUCCAUCCAGACUUCAUCAGCUACCUGACAGAGAGGUUUCUGAAAUCCAAGUGGAUUAACACAAAAUUCAGAGACCUAUACAUGCCUAGUACUGGAGCCCUCAUGUUGCUGACAGCACUGCAUACCUGUGACCAGGUUAGUGCCUAUGGAUUCAUCACAAGCAACUACCAGAAAUUUUCUGACCACUAUUUCGAACGAAUAAAGAAGCCACUGAUAUUCUACGUGAACCAUGAUCUGUCCCUGGAAGCCACCCUGUGGAAGGACCUGCACAAGGCUGGCAUCCUUUGGCUGUACCAGCGCUGACCCUGAAGCACCCAAGACCUUUGUGUUUUUGCAGAGCUGAGGCCCUUGGCCCCUCAAGUGGCCAAAGCUGCCUUCUGGUCUUUUCAGCCUGAGAGGGGCUCCAACUGUCCUUGACCCUGCCCCCGCUUCUUCCCUACAGAGGACACCGAGUGGAUGUGUGACUGUCACUGAAGCCUAUUCUUUGUGAGACACCCCACCUUGUCCUCAGCUCAUCUGGUCUGAGGCAGACAUCCCAACCCUGGCCAAGAAAAAACCGACUGCUCUGUGCUGGAUUUGUCUUUAAAACCGAAGAUAACACUCUCAAGGUGAGACUGCCCCUCACCAGCGUGAGGCAGGCAUCCUUCAUAGCUGAGCGUUCCCAAGACAGUAGUGGCACAAGGUGACUAGGAGGUCAGUGGAGCGGCUCAGGGUCUCUCAGUUAACAAAGAUCAAGCAGCAGUAGAAGCAAACGCACGCUUCUCAGCCCAAAUCCUCCCACUAGCAUGUCCAGCUUCACGCAAACUCCAAAGCAGUUCAACUCAAGGCCAUGUCGGAACAGCCUUUCUGAGAACAGGACCGACUCACUUCUGCCCCGAUAAAUGUGAUUUGGAACUAGAUAAUUGCAUAAAUGGUGGAUAACCAUUGUGUGUGUGUGUGUUGGGGAAAGUAGUAUAUCAUGCAGGGUGUUUAGCACAAAGAAUUCAGAAUCCAAGAACCACGGGAAUUUGAUGGGAGUCAACCAUGCAGAAGGUCACUGGCCCCUGAUUAAAGUCCCGUUGGAGAUGUAUUACCACCUUGUCACCAAAAGGACAUUACUGGGUAAUGAACCCUCAUUAUCGGACACUAAACGUCAUGGCUUCAAUAAUUUGACUUGAUAUAGGCAGUUUUAUUUUAGAUUACAUGGGCUUCUAUAGAAGUGUAAACCAACUGAGUUAUCCCCAUACUACCCCUUAAGCAAACCCUGGGAUUUACUGUCCUGAUGUCUAGUCUGAUGUUGCUACACCCUACCCCGCAAGGCAGUGGAGGGGACAGGGGGAUGUCUCCACAGGUCUGGUAGGCAAGAGCCUCCCUGCCCAAAACCUGGCCCUUGGGUCUGUGGUUUUGAAGGGACGAUCCUAUCAGCACACCUAACAAGAGGGAUGAAUCAAAAUGCUACUUCAGAAAUUGAGACAUGUGAUUAAGUGAAAGGACAUUUAGGCUUUAAUGACUAAAGCAGCUACUUGAGAAACCAUAGCUUCCCGAUGCCUGGACCCAUUUUUAUCCAUACUUUAUUUUCCCCUAUUCCCAUCACAUCUGUAGUUACCAAAACCUGUCAACCGGUUAGAGGGGUAUAAGAACAAUUUAGUGGGAAACUUAUAAACACCAAAACAUCUGAUUGCAUCCUGUUACCCGCAACUAUUCUGAAACUUUCACUUAUAAAAGAAUAUGCUGAGUCACAGAAUAAAACACUGCUUUUACACGGGUCUCAAUCUGAAAUCCACAAAUGCUAGUAAGUCAGUUUUAAAAUUUUUAAAUUUGUUUCAAAGUUAUACCCAAGACACAUUGACUUCAUAGGAAAUCCACUGAGAAAUGUCUUUCUGGGCUGAACACCUCUUUCCUUUUAGUCUCCCCAACAGAGCAUGCACAUGUUAAUUACUUUCAUUUUGUAAUCACUGCUGUCCCGCCACUAUACCAAGAUCACCUAAACUGUGUGCAGUAUUCUGAAUGUUCUUAGUUAUACCCUAAUUUCACUAACUGGGAUUUCACUUCUGGGAUACCCUGUCACUUGAAUUCUUUGGCUACUUUUGAAGAUGAAGUCCAAAGAACUCUUAAAUGAUUCUCCUUUGAAGGGGGUGGUGGUAUUUUAUAGGCGUUAGCAACUAGCACCUGGGGCUGUGCUGAUCCCAUCUGGCAUCACUGGGAGGCAACCUAUAAAACCAGAGAAUCGGGCUUCCCUGAUGGCGCAGUGGUUGAGAGUCCACCUGCCAAUGCAGGGGACACGGGUUCAUGCCCCGGUACGGGAAGAUCCCACAUGCCACAGAGCCUACGCAUCCGGAGCCUGUGCUCUGCAAUGGGAGAGGCCACAACAGUGAGAGGCCCGCGUACCGCAAAAAAAACCAAAAAACAAAAAAACCAAAGAAUCAUUUGAUGCAGCAGCCAACUAAGAGACUCAAAACUGAGGUUAAAUUUAAAGAAAAAACUAGAGAAAAAAAGGUGAUCCUAGAGGAACUCUGAGCAAUCAGUCAUUACGCACGUGCGUGCAUGUGUGUGUGCGUGUAAGGCACCACCAGAUCAAUUCAGUGCAGCCUGGUGGUUCCCGAUGACUCCCCUUUUUGGGAGACUGUGAUCUGAGGAAGCAGAAUCUGGCAAGUGGCCAGUACCAGUAAAGAGCGGCCAUGAAGUGCUGGCCACAUUUAUAUUCAACCCCCUCUGGAGUCAAACCUACAGGUUCGGGAAUUCCCUGGCAGUCCAGCGGUUAGGACUCAUCACUCUCACUGCCAAGGGCCAGGGGUCAACCCCUGGCUGAGGAACUAAGAUCCCACAAGCUGUGCGGUGCAGCUUAAAAAAAAAAAACAGAAACAGAAACAAA